CAAUCAGACUGUGCAGCUCCCUAGCGUGUAGGGGGAGAGAUCGCGUGUCCGCUACCCAAUGACAGUGCAGGAUGCUGAGACCGGUGUGAAUGGAGGCUGGAAGACGCUGCUGUCUCUGGAUGGUGAUGGAGAGGAACUAAUGGUAGAAAAAGAUCUAUCGAUGUCGAGGUCCUUCACCCACACAGGCAUGCAGUGAGCCGCCCAUGUGUGUUGCAGAGUGAGGGUGCACUGUGAUCGUCGCAGCGUGCCCCUGGUAAGGACCCCGUGGCAAGCGUCCGGCCGGCCCAGGCCACACCUCCCACACCCAGGACAUGUACGGCAGCGCCAGAGCGGUCGGCCACAUCGAGAGCAGCCCUGCACGGUCCCCGCGCCUGCCUAGGUCCCCCAGGCUGGGCCACCGGAGGGCCAACAGUGGGGGCGGGGGCGGUGGAGGGGGCAAGACGCUCUCCAUGGAGAACAUCCAGUCACUGAACGCUGCCUACGCCACGUCCGGGCCCAUGUACCUAAGCGACCACGAGGGAGUGGGCUCAACCGCCACCUACCCUAAGGGCACCAUGACGCUGGGGCGCGCCUCCAACCGGGCCAUGUAUGGGGGCCGCGUCACGGCCAUGGGCAGCAGCCCCAACAUCGCCUCGGUGGGGCUGGGCCACCACGCUGACCUGCUGUCCUACAGUGACCUGGGCUCCCUGUCCAUGCUGCAGCACCACCACCACCACCCUCAGGGGGUGCCGUCGGCCCUGCUGCGGCAAGCUGUGAGAGGCAGUGGGGGGGAGCUCCUGGAGAUGCAGGCCACACUCCGGGACAUGCAGCGGGAGAACGAUCUGCUGAGGAGAGAGCUGGACCUGAAGGACAGCAAGCUGGGCUCGUCCACCAACAGCAUCAAGAGCUUCUGGAGCCCCGAGCUGAAGAAGGAGAGGAUGAUACGCAAGGAGGAGGCGGCGCGCACCUCCGUCCUCAAGGAGCAAAUGAGGGUGACUCACGAGGAGAACCAGCACCUGCAGCUGACCAUCCAGGCCCUACAGGACGAGCUGCGGACCCAAAGGGACCUGAACCACCUACUGCAGCAGGAGAGCGGCGGCCGCUCUGGGGACCACUACACCAACAUCGAGCUGACCGAGGAGAACUUUAGACGGCUACAGGCCGAGCAUGACCGCCAGGCCAAGGAGCUGUUCCUCCUGAGGAAGACCUUGGAGGAGAUGGAGCUGCGGAUCGAGACCCAGAAGCAGACGCUGGGGGCCAGGGACGAGUCCAUCAAGAAGCUGCUGGAAAUGCUCCAGAGUAAGGGUCUGCCUGGGGGGCCAGGCAGGGUCAACGAGGAGGAGGAGCAGGAGAGAGCCAGGCGCAUUGCUGAGGCCGAGGCUCAACUUGGACACCUGGAGGUCAUCUUGGACCAGAAGGAGAAGGAGAACAUCCACCUCCGAGAGGAACUGCACAGGAGAAACCAGAUGCACCAGGACCCUGGCAAAACCAAAGCCCUCCAGACCAUCAUAGAGAUGAAGGACACCAAGAUAGCAUCUCUGGAGCGCAACAUCAGGGACCUGGAGGAUGAGAUCCAGAUACUGAAGGCUAACGGCUUGCUGAACACCGAGGACAGAGAGGAGGAGAUCAAACAGAUGGAGGUCUACAAGAACCACUCAAAGUUCAUGAAGACCAAGAUCGACCAGCUGAAGCAGGAGCUGUCUAAGAAGGAGUCUGAGCUGCUGGCCCUGCAGACCAAGCUGGAGACCCUGAACAACCAGAACUCGGACUGCAAACAGCACAUAGAGGUGCUCAAAGAGUCCCUCACUGCCAAGGAGCAGCGCGCCGCCAUUCUGCAGACAGAGGUGGACGCCCUGCGUCUGCGUCUGGAGGAGAAGGAGUCCUUCCUGAACAAGAAGACCAAGCAGCUGCAGGACCUGACGGAGGAGAAGGGCACGCUGGCCGGAGAGAUCCGUGACAUGAAGGACAUGCUGGAGGUCAAGGAGAGGAAGAUCAACGUCCUGCAGAAGAAGAUUGAGAAUCUGCAGGAGCAGCUGCGUGAUAAGGACAAGCAGUUGGGAAACCUGAAGGACAGGGUGAAGUCCCUACAGACUGACUCCAGUAACACUGACACGGCCCUGGCCACCCUGGAGGAGGCACUCUCUGAAAAGGAGCGCAUUAUAGAGAGACUGAAGGAGCAGAGAGCGAGGGAGGACAACGAGAGGAUGGACGAAGUGGAGUCUUAUAAGAAGGAGAACAAGGACCUCAAGGAGAAGGUCAACACCCUGCAGCUGGAAUUAACAGAGAAGGAGUCCAGUCUCAUUGACUUAAAGGAGCACGCCUCAUCCCUGGCCUCCUCCAGCCUGAAGAAAGAAUCCAAGCUCAAGUCUCUGGAGAUGGCCAUCGAGCAGAAGAAAGAGGAGUGUAGUAAGUUGGAGACACAGUUACAGAAGCAAGCAGAGCAGCUGUUCAGUCAGAUGAACAACCCUAAGGCCCACGAGGUCCACGAGGUCCAACAGCAGCAGCAGAUGGCGGGGCUGGCCUCCAGGGGGAACCCAGACUACGUGGAGCGGGAGCGGGAACAGCGGGUCAAGCUCCUGGAGAAGGAAGGGUCCUACUACAAGGAGGAGUCUGGCAAGGCCCAGGCGGAGGUGGAGAGGCUACUGACCAUCCUCCGAGAGGUAGAGAGCGAGAAGAACGACAAGGACAAGAAGAUCGCCGAGCUGGAGAGCCCCCCUCACUCUGCCCCUGUCCCUCGCCCCGGCCUCGGCCCUGUCCCUCGCCACGGUCCCGGUGGCAGAGCCCCCCCUGACCCACUCCCCCCUGUGUCCUCCGCUGCCCCCGCUGCCCCCCAGCAGAUAGGGGGAAUGGUGUGGGAUUUCCUGGGAAAAAUACACUCCAACCUCUUCUGGUUCUGUCCUCUGUUGUCGUUCUUCUUUUCUGUUAUGAUUCUAACGUUUCUAUGGUUUCUUUUACUCUUCUCCUCUUUUCCUCCUGUCUCCUGUGUGCGCUGCUGCUUCCUCUUGUCGUGGCAUCCCUCCUUCCUCCUCUUCCUCCUCCUCUUCUUUCUCUCCUCCGCCUGCAGCCUAGCUCCCAGGCAGGCCAAGGAGCAAGUUACUAAGAAGGGGGGUCCCAACCUCAAACUAGGCCCCCAGGGGGACAAGAAGCCUGGUCAGAUAAUGGGGGAUCCUCGAAAGGACAACACCAUGGACUCAGGCCAGCAUGUAAAGCUGGAGGAGAUGAUGAACACCCUGGAGAGGACUAGACAGGAGCUGGACGCCACCAAGCAGCGCCUCUCAUCUACCCAGCAGUCCCUGCAGGAGAGAGAUGGUCACCUGACAAACAUGAGGCAGGAGCGCAGGAAACAGUUGGAGGAGAUCCUGGAAAUGAAGCAACAGGCCCUGCUGGCAGCGAUCAGUGAGAAGGACGCUAACAUCGCUCUGCUAGAGCUGUCUGCCUCUGGGAAGAAGAAGACCCAGGAAGAGGUUUUGGCUCUGAAGAGGGAGAAGGACAGACUGAUGCACCAACUCAAACAGCAGACACAGAGCAGGAUGAAGCUGAUUGCUGACAACUAUGAAGACGACCACUACCACCCUCAUCCUCCUCACCACACCCAACACCACCGCGGAGGACCAGGGCCUGGCAGAGGACCCCCCCAUGCCGGCCAUCGCCCCUCCCCCGACCAGGAUGACGAGGAGGGCAUUUGGGCGUAAUCGUGUCCAUGACAACCAAAGCUCUGACGUUGUUCUGAGGGAUGAUACAGUUACUAUUGGAGGAGCACAGCCAUUCCAUGAUGCUGAAAUACAUUGACUACCUACCAACUUUUUGUUACCACCAUACAAUCUACACUUCAAUGGGGCCUUUAUUUUAUUUUUUUACUGAGGAUGAGGAUACGGAGGAGGAGGAGGUGGAGAGGAGGGAUGAAGCAGGUGGGCGGGCCAGACGAGGAGACUGAUAGUUGAGGUGACUGAAGAGCCAUCAUGUGAAGAGAGGCAGCUGCAGCUCUUUGAGAGUGACUCUGGGGAGGAGGAGACUUCCUACAGACACGUAGGUGUGGUCUGUGAAGUUAGACUGGGUUGGACAGACUGGGUCCCACUCAGACAGACAGACAAACAGACAUCUGCGCUGUCUGGUCUCAGCUCUGUGGUUCUGCUCACACAGCCAAACUCACACAGACACUCUGGUAUAGUUGUCAAGAUGCUCAGCUCACCUGUCUGUCACCUGACGUCCCUACAGAGCCCCGCCCACUCUCAUAAGGCUAGCUGCACCCCCUCACCCACCUGGCUAAGAUCUAACGACUAGCUCUGCCCUGUUUACAUGAGGUGCGUUCAGUUCAAUUGAACAUUUGCUACUUUGCGGAACGGUUUGUAAUGAACAAAACGUUUCCCCAAAACAUUCUUGUACGUUCUUGAACAGACUUCUAGGUACGUUUCCUCCCGUUUGGGUGGGUGUGGCUGGGUGUGGCUUGAAGCAAUGAGUGACGUUUAUAAAGGGCAGUGGCCAUGCUGACAGCAUUCCCCAACCCACAACCCAACCCCUCCCCGUUUUUAACUGGUCAUUCAGUACAGCACUGUUUCUGUUCAUUUGAAUGUUCCAGAAUGUAAAAAUGUACUGAACCCAGCCCUGGCGUGCUCCCCCGUUCUCACCAACCUGCGUCUAAUUGGUUCACUAUCCUGUCUCCGCCUGCUUUGCUUAUCUGAGCUUUUCACCUGAUAAGUUCCUCUGUAUCAACAGUCCUUUCUCUGAUUGGUUCACCUGACUGGCUGCUGACCCUGCUGACCCCCGGCUGGCUGUGAUUGGCUCCCCUGCCUGGCAGUCUCCACCCUACUGACAGUCUAACACAGCAGCUUCACAGUGCUUCUUUUACAAUGUUUUUUGUUGUUGUUUUGUCUUUGUCAGAGAGAGCAUGCUCUCUUUCCACAUAUUUAAUGAAGUGCCAUACAGUUACAGCUUUAGUUCACAUUUACAUAUGCGUUAACAACUAACCUAUUUCAGAGGAAGUUCCUUUGCUGUGUCUCUAAAAGGGAAGUUGUGCUACUUAUUUACAUUUUUUAAUCUGUUGAGUGUGUUUCAUUUGCAGUGCUUGACCAUGGCUAUGAGUGCUUUUUGCAAAGUGAAUCAGAACAAGGAAGAGGAAGAGCUCUUAUCUGAACAAAACAGCCACUAGAGCUCUUAUCUGACCAAUGGGCAGCCAGAGGCCUUGCCUCGCUACUGAAGGUUUCCUUGUGCCGUUCAUGUGCAGUCUGGCAUGGCCUUAUGGGCAGGGCCCUGUACUGGGGGAGUUGCAGGGCCUUUGGGCUUAGGGCUGCCAUCUGUGUAUCUCUCCUGUUACCUCAGUUGAUAACCAGAUGCAGUCAGAACUCCAAUCUAUGCAGACAUCAGAACUAAUAAUGCCACUUUGAAUCCAGUCAUGAAACAAGGGCACCAAUCAAAACGUGUUUAGAUGUAUUAAAGCAGCAUGAGUACCAAUCAGAAUGGUCUAUUCAGAACAUACACCAAUCAGCGUGAUAUGCACCUAUGCACCUCCUCCUCCCCUGUUGCAGGGAUACUUCUAAUGGUGCUUUUAGAUCACUGGUGCUCACACAACAUGGUGUCCAACCAGAGAAACAGCUGAGAGACAUGGCCAUUGGACAUUGUACAUCCAUGUCAUUCAAAAGGGAGUUGAUCCCAAAACCUGGUGUGCUUAUAAACUGUAGAAGACUGUGUUGUACAUAGGAUCAGCUGGAGAGACUCUGAGGAAAUGGUGCAUGGAGGGUAUAGAUUUGAUAUGUUUGAUGCCAUCCAUGGACACCCAGGAGAUUUCCUGCCAUACCUUUACAGCCGUCUCUCCUGCUCAUUGACUCCCUCCUUCCUACUCCUCAUCUUCUUCAUCUCCCCUUUCUUCUAUCUUCUUCUCUUUCAGCAGUCUGUGCUAACCCAAACCUAGUGACUCGUUUUGUCCUUCUCAACAAGGUGGCCUGUGCCUCGUUCAUAUCGUAUACAUAAGAUAUAUAAAUAUAAAUAAAAAAUAAAAAUAAAAAAAUAUAUAUAUAGAGAGAGAGAGCGAGAGAGACAGAAAGAUCUAUGGAGUGUGUCUAUGUGUGGUCAGAAUAUUGUCAAUAACAAAAAAUAUUGAGGAUAAAAAUACAUGUUUUAUUUAAUUUUCUUAACUGGCCAAAGGAUAGAGAAAACCCUUAUUCAGUGUGUGGAGUGACAUGUGACUUUCCUCUGUUUUGUACAUUACAAGAAAAAACUCCUUAGCAGCAAGCAACAUUCCCUGUCUGUGGUUCUCAUGAAGGAUAUUCUGGCCUAAGAAACCUUGAGACACAGCCCAAAGGAAAGGAGUGAGAAAAUGGUUCCAUUCUCAUUUAGAAGAGCUAAUGUUACAUUCCUGUUGCAGUGUGAGAAAUCUAUUUAGAGACUCUCACACAGACACACACACACACACACACACACACACACACACACACACACACACACACACACACACACACACACACACACACACACACACACACACACACACACACACACACACACCGUUGGGUUAGAGUGAGACCUUAGUCUUCUCACAGAGGGGAAGACAUCCUGUUUUUGCAGCUCACUAAAGUAGCAAAGAGACUAUUUUGAGCAGCACAGCGGAUAGAAACUUGCACUUGUGAGUGAGGACUAUCACUACCUUUGUUAAAGUGGAGGUUUGGAGUGACUCUGUCGUUGCAGAUGCAUUGUCCAGCCAGUCUCUGUGUUGUGUGUUUGUUUGUUGUCGUCUUCAAUGCCGUUGUCCUGGUGUAACCAGAUGUGGUGACAUAUGUGACAGUUGAGUGUGUAGAAAACCACACAAACCCUUCUAGUGGGAAAACAUCCAAGACUGUUACACCCCCCCACUCCCACCACCACCUGCCCCCCUCCGUCCUCCGUGUGUGUGUGUGUGUGUGUGUGUGUGUGUGUGUGUGUGUGUGUGUGUGUGUGUGUGUGUGUGUGUGUGUGUGUGUGUGUGUGUGUGUGUGUGUGUGUGUGUGUGUUUCCCUCCUUGUGGCUGAUAUCGUGACUGUUGUAGAAAAGUGCCCCAUCCUCCAUUGGAAUCCAAACAGAAGUGAUCCCUAUACGAUGGUCACCUCUGAGUCAACUUCAACACAGAAUACAGACAGGACAGUUGUCUCACAACUCCUCCUCCCAUUGACCAACAAUCACCAGUUCGGAUUAAAUCAAAUUGAAGAAAAAAAUAAAGACGUUGUGUGGAUGUUGUGUUUGUGUUUUCAAUGUCAGAGAUUGGUACUAAUGAUCUGUAAGGAAAGGCAAUCCAGAAGAGCACACGGAUGGAGGCGUGAAGAACCUCUCACUUUACCAUCAUGGGGAACGGAUUCAGAAUCCUCAAUUUUCAGGUCAUUUACUACUGAAUACUUGAAGUAGGGGGUUCUCCUACAAUGAGAAGUGAAGAUACAGCACCUGGUGUAUAGAACAUGGUAGAAAACAUGGAACACUUCAUUGUGUUUCGAUGCAUGCAGAUUUUAACGUAAUGUGCCAACUGAGAGUGAAAGGUUGGAGAGAAUCUCCUAUCCUCUAUGCAGAGCAAGAUCUUGAUGUGCAAUCAAACUGUUAAGGAUUCAUCAAUGGCCUAUCAGUUAACAUACACCAGGGUUGUGUUCAUUAGGGCACGCAAUGUUUUAAAAUGUUUUGCAACAGAAAAUGAGAAUGAGCGUUUCUCAUUGGACAAGUCCAAGUAGUCCUUCCCUGUUUCAGCGCAUCUUUCUUCUGUUUGGUACCUAAUGAACACGACCCAGGAGUUGAAGGCCAACAGACAUCACCAAUAGUAAUAUAAAGGAGUAAAAGACCUGAUUCAGAGUAUGAGAUGCCUAAUACAGGCAGACACAUUCACUUACUUUGUCGUGUACAAGUUGCAUUUGAUUUAUUGUAUUAUAUUGAAAAUGCAAACCUUUGGAUGAAACAAAACACUGUGACCAACGCCAGAUUAUUAUUUUUUACUUAAAAAUUGUGUUAAUCUUUUGUAUUUAAGUUAUUCUUGAUUACAUUUUUUUUAAUCAGUUUGGCUUAUUGAAUAUGUCAGGUUGGGACUGUACUAUUUGUAAUAGUAACUGUUUUCUGCUGUACAGUAAAGAUUUAGGAACAAGUUAAAUGUGUGUCCAGCAUGCUGAAUGAUUACUUGUGUGAACGUGGGCUUAUUUCCCAUGAUGCUCCAGUCCUCAUACAUGAAUUGCCUCUGCAUCGUGACAGUGUGAUGUUGUGUUUGAGAGUGGUGUGUGUCUCCUCACCUAUCGUGUCCCUCUAGUAGACAGCCUGUGCAGUGUUAUGAGAGAGGUGGCAUAAUUUUGGGGUGUUACACGUGUAAAUCUGUCAGAAGUGUGUGUGUGUGUGUGUGUGCGCGCACGCAUACGUGUGAAUGUGUACUGUAGGCGUGUGUGUAUGUGUAAGAGACAAAGAAAGAGAGCGCGAGAAUCAAAAUUCUCUGUUGCAGGAAACCCCCUGAGAGAAAGAGAGAGAAUGUUCUGUUCAGCAUGGAUACUGUGUUUUAAAACCUACUGUAGGAGGCUGUCUCCACUGCCCCAGACGUUUGCUAUUGUAUGUGCUGUAUCAGAAUAUUACUAUUGUUGGCCAGCUUGUUUAUAUUCAUUCAAUAAAGGUGACUUUCUUUCA